CGGAAGGAGACGGCGGUGGACACUCAAGAUGGCGGCGCGGAGGUGCCAUGUGUGGGUCGGAGCGGAGACGGGGAUCCUGAAGGGUGUGAACCUGCGGCGGAGACAGGCCGCAAACUUCAGUCAGUGUCACCGCGGGCAGGAAAUCAGCGACAUGUGCUGGAGGCAGGAGCAGGUGCUGCUGGGCUGUGUGGACGGGACAGUCAAGACGUUCUGCACAGAGCGAGGAGAGUUCACAGAGUCCCACAAGUGUUCGGGGGGAGAAGGGCCCUUUCGGGGACUGGCUGUGUAUGACAGCUCCCUCGUCACCUGUACUGAGUCUGGCCUUCUCAAGGUGUGGAACGAGGAUUCAGCCGAUCAGAUACAAGUGGGCCGUGGGGUGUGUCGAAUGCGUCAGAAUCCUGGGAGGCCAGAGCGAGUGGCGACUGGAGGGAAGGAGAACGAGCUGAAAGUGUGGGACCUGCAGAGGCUGCAGGAGCCUGUGUUCAAGGCCAAGAACGUGCGGAACGACUGGCUGGAUCUGAGGGUCCCCGUCUGGGUGAGAGAUAUCCAGUUCGUCCCCGACUCAGACAGAAUCAUCACCUGCACGGGACACAGCCAGGUACGUGUCUAUGACCCCAGCUCUCCGCAGCGCAGGCCUGUUCUGGAGAUGAAGUACGAUGAAUACCCAUUAACCGCCAUGUCCUUGACACCUGAUGGCAAUUCAGUCGUCGUGGGCAACACGCACGGACAGGUGGCUGUCCUGGAUAUCCGGAAAGGGAGGCUGCUGAAGUGCCUGAAAGGCCAGGCCGGGAGUAUCCGCGGUAUCCAAACCCACUGCAGCCUGCCCUUGGUGGCCUCCUGUGGGCUGGAUCGCUUCCUGCGGAUACAUGACCUGGGCAGCAAGGAGCUGCUGCACAAGGUCUACCUGAAAUCCCGGCUCAACUGUGUCCUGUGGACAAACCAAGACAACUGGGAGGAGGAGGUUGAGGAAGGCAGCACUGCGGAGGAGGUGAAGGAGGAGUCCGCUGAAGAUGAAAUCUGGGCCUCAAUGGUAACGGUGACUGACUGCUCUGUAUCGAAGCGAGCAGCCCCUCUCCAGGAUCCAGCCGGGAGGCAGAAAAAGAGGAAGGAAGUGACCCAAGAUGCCUAAGGUUCAGCCAGAAGCAACACUGUCCAUUCAUAUCUCUCAGUAAAUCAAAUUAUUGUC